GUAACCUUUUUUUUUGCAUUUAAUAUGAACAAUGAUGAAGAGCUUUUUCUUUAAUGUCCUUCAAGUAGUAUUAACAAUAUGUCAUUUCGUUGUGUCACUGAAUUUCAUACAUUUGAGAAAGCCAAGCACUGUGUUCAUUAUCUCGACCAAUCAAGACGCUUCCCAAGCUUUUCAUCGUUUUCUCUCACACGCAUGUUUCCCCACUUUCUUGCACUUCAAGUGCCUUGUCAACAGGAGAUUCGGAUGAAUCACCUAUAAAAUGGACCUCAAAAGACGAAGGGAAAUUCCAUUACAUUAUACGAUUUCAUUCGUGAGAAGGCCAUUACAUAUAGUAGUUUGUAACACAUCUUGAUCAAAGUUCAACUAGACAUAUUCACAGAAGC